GCUGUGGGCUCCAAAGGGGGAGAUAUCUUGCUCUGGAACUUUGGCAUAAAGGACAAACCUACCUUCAUUAAAGGGGAGGCUGGACUUGGAAAUCCUUGGUGCCUUGAUAGCUCUUCGUUGACUUCAGAAACUUUGAGAACAUGUACCUUAUCUACCUUUUCUAGCUUUUCUUGACAGAAGGUUGACCUGAAACCAGCUAACCCACCGUCACUGGAAUUGGAAAGUCUCAAACACAUUUUCUUUUUUGUAUUUUGUCCAGGUUUAUGUAGUCCUUCUCAGUGCAAGAGCUGUCAUAACAACUUAAUCCACCCUUGCUAGAAGAACACGAAUGCAUCUUACCUUAAAAUGUUUACAUAAGGGUUUAUUACUAAUGCUUUGACACAGGGCCAGUCCUUUUCUUGUAGUAAGUGUUCACUGAUUCAGGUUCAUCUGGUCUUACAUAAACCGUAUCCAUAACGAGUACUUUACAGGGUCUAGUUUCCAUUUCCCAAAAGUGGAGACAUAAUUUAAAAUCAGUUGUGAAGCAGUCUGAUGGCAGAUUCCCUUAAGUUUUCACUAUUUCCCACCCUGAUUGUAAGUAUUUCUCCCAUGCUUAAUUCAACAACUCUUAUUUUAGCAAAUCUUUUUUAUCUAGUUUUUCCAAAGUGUUCAAUAUGGAUUUCAUAGAAACCACAGUGGUCAUUCUUUUUGCACAUAUUUCAUCGAUUUUAAUUAAAUUACAUUUUAAUGAAAUGUUUUGUGUUUAAAGUUUAAAUGUUUAAUAAAUUACAUGUUUAGUUAAAUUACAUGAUUACCAUACAAAGUACAACUGACAUAUCUAGGUUUAAGAGCAAACACAACGUCUAACCCUUCAUAAGCAUAGAACUCAGCUAGUGGGAGCAGAUUAACUUACUAGCAGCAAGGGUUUGGUGAACCAUAGGCAUCAGUUAGAAUGUUUUAUAGAGGGAAUGGAAAGUACCAGUUAGUAUGCUGAGUGAAGUGAAUGUUGUGUAAGAGGCCUUGAAGAAGUAAGGCUGGGAUAGCAACAACAUACAGGAGAACUGGAGGAGGAGCCUGGAGGAUAUAAAGUUCUUAAAACAGUGCACUUGAUAUAUAAUAAGCACUUAAUAAGGUUAUGCUACCAAUGUUAUCAUGAUUAUCUUCAUCAUCAUUGUCUGGUAUGUCUGCAAAAAAUGAGGAGCUCGGGUCUGACACCAGCCCACCUAACCCAGCCACUAUUCCAAGCUGAAGCUCUUCUGAAGAGAGCACUUGUAUAAUACAUUAUGGUACAUCCACACAAUAGGCUAUUCAACAAUAAAAUGGGAUGAACUAUAGAUUGACAGAGCAGGCUGGAUGAAACUCAGGGGCAUUACACCGAGUGAAAUGAAAGAAGCCAGUCUCAAAGGGCUGCAUACCACAAGUCAUUGAUAUGACACUCCAUCAAAGGCAAAACUUGUAUGGUGACGAAGAACUCAUCCCUGGUUGCCAGGGGUGAGGAGUCAGGGGAGGAUGUGACUACAAUUAGGAGAGCAGGAGGGAUUUGGGGGGGAAGUGACACAACUGUUCUGCAUCCUCAUUUUGGUGGUGGUGGUUCAAAUCUCUACAUGUGUUAAAAUUCAUAAAGCUGUAUACCAGAAACAACAAAUUUAUGUUCAUUAAAAGGUAUAAAAUGAGAGCCUUGAGAAACAGUACUGUGGACAGCAUCCCAGUGUCUAGGCAUCUAAGCUGGCCUGGCCCCAAGUGUGGCCUGGAUGGCUCUUGUGUCCAAGCAGUGGAUGUGUGUCCAAGCAGUGGAUGUGCACCCAAGCUUUGUCUGCUUCAUGGGCCACUGUCACUCACUGACUUUUUUCUUCCUUGUGUUAGAUUGGAGCUGGAGGGAGCAUCACGGGGCUGAAGUUUAACCCUCUCAAUACCAACCAGUUUUUCACCUCCUCAAUGGAGGGAACAACUAGGCUGCAAGACUUUAAAGGCAACACUCUCCGAGUUUUUGCCAGCUCAGACACCUGCAACGUCUGGUUUUGCAGCCUGGAUGUAUCUGUCAAAAGCCGAGUGGUGGUCACGGGAGACAAUGUGGGGCACGUGAUCCUGCUGAACAUGGACGGCAGGGAGCUUUGGAAUCUGAGAAUGCACAAAAAGAAGGUGACCCAUGUGGCCCUGAACCCGUGCUGUGACUGGCUCCUGGCCACAGCCUCCGUAGAUCAAACGGUGAAAAUCUGGGACCUGCGCCAGGUCAGAGGGAAAUCCAGCUUCCUCCACUCGCUGCCGCACAGGCAUCCUGUCAACGCAGCUCAUUUCAGUCCCGAUGGAGCCCAGCUCCUGACCACUGACCAGAAGAGUGAGAUCCGGGUUUACUCUGCUUGCCAGUGGGACUGCCCGCCAAGCCUGAUCCCACAUCCUCACCGCCACUUCCAGCACCUGACGCCCAUCAAGGCAAGCUGGCAUCCUCGGUACAACCUCAUUGUCGUGGGCCGAUACCCAGAUCCUAAUUUCAAAAGUUGUUCCCCCCAUGAAUUAAGGACGAUCGAUAUGUUUGAUGGAAGCUCAGGAAAGAUCAUGUAUCAGCUGUAUGACCCAGAAUCUUCUGGUAUCAUGUCGCUCAAUGAAUUCAAUCCCAUGGGGGACACGCUGGCCUCCGUGAUGGGUGAGUGUACAUUAGGACAGUCAAGCCCACCCUACUCCCCAAGGUUCAGUGUGGGCUCACCCCAGCUCAGCGCUGCUCCAUCCACCCCCAGGAUAGAGUCAGUGAGGAUGACAACCAGGAGACCACGGUCUCUGGACCUAGAGCCAUCCUUCUUGCUGAGUCUUGGCCAUAGCAAUGCCUGGCUUCUGCCCAGUUGCCUGGUGUCUCCUGACCAAGUCCUAGGUUCCCCAUGCCAGCUCCAAGUUCUCAGAAGGCUGGUGAUGGAAGGUGCCUCUGGUCUCACUCCUCCUAGGUUAUCACAUUCUCGUUUGGAGCCCGGAGGAUGCUGGGACUCAGAAAUGAGAGACAUUAAUGAAGCGGGGGCCAAGCAGGGGCUUGGAGCCCCACGAGAACAAGUUCUUUGAGAAGAGGCAGCUUCGUAUUAAAGGGCCGAGGUAUCGGAGUCUUCGAGUUGGAGCUGGGGCGCUGGGACCGCGACUCGGGGACUGGACACGGGCGUGGACUGAGACCAGAAACUCCAGAGUUGGCAAUCUCGCCGCCCCAAGGGUCUCUGCUGUAUCUAGCCUGGAGCCGAGCUUCUCUUCUUUCUCCUCUCUGACAUGCAGUGGCAGAGGGUCAGGCAGUGGUUUUCAAUUUGUGCUCACUAUUCACAUGGCCAAUAAAACCAUACCCAACUGA